CGUUUAAUUUGUCGUUCGCGAAACAAUUGCUCAAUAUUCAGUUACGUGUCGGGGUUUGUGAGUGUGGUAAUGAAACGAUAACGAUCAUGAACGUGUCUCGAGUUUCCACGUCCCAAUUGACAUUGAAACGCAUACAAGGACGACGUAGUCUUUGGAAUUUCUUCGUGCGCGAGUUUCUUCGAUCGUGUUACGCGGGAUUCUGUUUCGAUCGAUGCGUGCAGGUUAUGUGCGUUCAAAACCGCGUUGUCAAUACGAAUGAAACAAAUUGUGUUGUUCGUUGGAAUAAAGAGGAUACAAUUGAAAGAAGAAUCUUAUUAAUGAGAGGUUCGGCAAGGAGAUAGGACUCGAGGAGGUUACGUGUACGUCACCGAUCGAAGCUGAUGUGAAAGUAUCAUCGAAAGGGGAGACGAGGUUUGGCGAUGCUCCUGUCAUGUGCAGGAUGCGAGAAACCAAUUAUGGAUCAGUACCUGCUGAAUGUUUUGGACCGAGCAUGGCACGUCGAGUGCGUCCGCUGUUUCGACUGCAGAACCACGUUACAGGACAAGUGUUUCUCCAGGGAGGCGAAGCUCUUCUGCAGGGAGGACUUCUUCAGGCGAUACGGAACGAAAUGCAGCGGUUGCCUCCAAGGGAUAAGCCCCCAGGACCUCGUGAGGAAGGCAAGGGACAAGGUUUUCCACUUGAAUUGCUUCACCUGCCUGGUAUGUCGGAAGCAGAUGAGCACCGGAGAGGAGCUCUACGUCCUGGACGACAACAAGUUCGUCUGCAAGCAGGACUACCUGUCGGGCAAGCCGUUGCCGGACACGCAUCACGUGCACGGUCAUCAUGAAUCGUCCAACCUGUCGACAGGAGGAGACUCGUUGAUGGGUUCAGGAUCGGAAGACGAGGACGAAGACGGUAGUGGUCACCACCAUCAUACCGGUGUCGGAGGUGCUCACCUGGGACCCCAUAAUCUGGGUCCAGGUGGUCCUGGUGAUCAAACGGUCGGCCACUCUGGAGAUCUACCUCUUGGAAGUGAUUCUUGUAAGCAGGAGGACUCCGAGGAUCAAGGUUCCCUGGAUGGAGAUCCCGAGACGAGGGAUAGCCAAACGGAGAACAAAAGUCCGGACGGUGGUGCGGGCGGUGGUAGCGGCGAUGGGGGCGCCGGCUCAAAGAGGCGAGGUCCAAGAACGACCAUAAAGGCGAAACAGUUGGAGAUUCUCAAGUCCGCAUUUUCGUCGACUCCGAAGCCCACCAGGCACAUCAGGGAACAGUUAGCGAAAGAGACUGGACUACCCAUGAGAGUGAUACAGGUCUGGUUUCAAAAUAAAAGGAGCAAGGAGCGCAGGUUAAAACAACUGACGUCGAUGGGCAGGAGCCCGUUCUUCGGAGGCUCCAGAAAAAUGAGGGGUUUCCCAUUGAACCUGAAUCCCGGUGCUUUGGGCGGCGAAGACGGACCACCGCCUGGUUUUCCAUAUUUCAGCGCGGAAAAAUUCGAUUUUGGUUACGGCGGACCCAUGGCGUUUCACCAUGAAUUCUUCGGUGCUCAUCAACCUCCUCAUCCUCAUGGACCGCCCUUCAGCGGACCCGGUAAUCCUGUACGUAAUCUGUUUCUGACAGGUUUGGACCCGGCGAGUUUAGCGGGUAUGGCAGCCGCAGUGGCGGUGACAGGGGAAUAUCCACCUCCGGGUGCGGGAGGUGGCCCUCCGGAAUUUCUCACGGGCCCUCCUGGACAGGGGCCCCCUGCACCUCCUGGCGGUAGUCCUGAGUUCCUAGCACCUUCAGGUGGAGCACAGGGUAAUCCCAGUGCCGGUGGAAACGGUGGUGGUCCAGGUGGCGGUGGCGGCGGGGGUGGGUUCCUGGAGCCGCACCAGAUGCAGAGCGAAGGUCUGGCCUGGUAGUACGAGUUUUAAUUAUCGUUCGUUUUCGUAUUUCGUUGCUUUCCAUCGGCCCACAAAGCGAGCCAAGUCGAUAGUUCCGAGAAAAAUCGAUCGCUCGCACCCGAUGGCGAAGCCGUUCGACUUUGUUGCGGUUCGAGACUUCUGUCCACGGCCGAAGGAAGGGCAUGGCUCUUCGCGAAGUCGAUAUUUUUUAAAUCUUUGUAAGUUUUCGUUUCUGUAAGAUAUAACGAUCGAUCGUUUAACUAUCGUUUCUUUACUUUUUUUCACGGUUAUCAUUGUCCAUUAUUAACAUUAUUCUCUAUUAUUAAUUAUUAUGCCCGUCGGUUAACAUCGAAGUUACUAUUUUAUUAUUAUUAUUAUUAUUAUUAUGGAUUAUUGAAUAUUAUUAUUAAUAUUAUUGUGUAUAAAAUUUCGAAUGUCCUAUCGUGUAAUAUUAUACCCUCCCUGUUGAUUAAUUUUCGACGUUACUUUAAGGAACAUCCUGUAGAUAUCUGCUGUUCUAUACAACCGAGACACCUACACAAUUGCACGUUGUUCGUACGGUUUUCUACUGUUCAACAGUUUGGAGCAUUUCAAUGUCUUGACCAGUUUAAAAGAUACUUUAUUAUUGAAAAUUCAUUUUCAAGUAUUAGAAAUACUUCGAUCAAAAUUUUUCAUGAACACUUGUGUGAAUGGUAUACACACUGAACAUAUAUGCUAGAAACAAACAUGGCUACCGUCCAACACGAUGGUACUCGACCACCAUAUCCCUCGGGAAAAAUUAGAAAGACCCAUACAAGUCUUCAAUGAAAAUUUUCAUCCAAGAUACUUUCGGUACAGAAAUAAAUUUUCAGAAAUGUAUCUUUUCUCAGGUUCUAUCAGGUUAACUUGAAUAUUUCUACGAAGUCAUAAGUGCAAUAUUUUUAACGAAACUUGUUGAUUUCAAAAUUGCCUCCAAAUUUUCGAACGGAAGUACGUGCAACGUGAACAACACAAACACCGCGAAACAGUUACUCGAAUACAGGUGACACAGAGGAACACGUGCGUAAUUACACUUAACAACGUUGUACUAAUUAUCAUUAAAGUAUAAAUAUAAAUAGGAAUGUGUAACCUGUAACUGUUAAGGCGGCGAUCGAUGUAAAUAAACUGUCUUUCUUUAUCUUUUUUCCGUUGCGAAGAGAGCGCGCGAUUUAAACGUUGGUUGGAUUCUACAUCACCGAAUCGUGUUUGUAAUUGUAACUGCAUUGCAAUCGUCACAAGAGAGAAGGAGACACGCCGCCGCGAUGCAUAAUGAUUAUAAAUAUUAUUAUAAUAAACCACCUCGUAUUUCCGUAUA